AUGUCUGUGAAUGACAUAUACGAUAUGAGAGGAAAAGCAGCAUGCAAAAUAUGCGUCGUGGGCAGUGGCGUCCUCCGGGCGUGGUGCCCGCAGGAUAAGGUCCUCGAGCACGACGCUGUGGGUGUGUUCCUGACGCACUCCGGGUGGAACUCGACGCUGGAGAGCCCCGCCUCCGGCGUGCUGAUGCUGAGCUGGCUGUUCUUCGCGGAGCAGCAGACGAACUGCCGGUACAAGCAGACAGAGUGGGGCGUCGCGAUGGAGAUCGGCGGCGAGGCGUGGCGAGGAGAGGUGGCGGCCAUGACACUGGAGGCCAUGGAAGGGGAGAAGGGGCGUGAGAUGCGGCAGCGUGCAGAAGAGUGGAAGCAGAAGGCUGUACAAGUGACGCUGCUAGGUGGGCCCUGGGACACCAACCUUGACCGAGUCAUCCACGAGGUGCUGCUGUCAUGUAAGGAUAAAACUCUCAGCGUGAAUGGUGAGAGUGCUUAACAUUGUAUGACUUGUUAGAUCGCAGAUCAAUACUCCCUUCAUUUCAAA